GGUAAGUUCGAAUGUCAAGGACGCUUGUGCCCUACCCUGGUCACUAACUUCAACAUGAAAGCGUGGAAGCUACAGGAAUGUAUCGCUCAUUCCCCAGGCGCUGUUACUGCGGCAACUUUGGGCCGUAAAUCUGGUCGAGUAAUGGCCACUGGAGGAGAAGAUCGCCGCUUGAAACUGUGGGCUGUUGGAAAACCUUCUUGUAUCUUAAGUUUGACAGGGCAUACAUCAUCCAUAGAAGCUUCUGAAUUUAGUCAAGAAGAAGAUAGAGUGGCAGCUGGGUCUUUAUCGGGUUCUGUCCGUAUUUGGGAUUUGGAGGAAGUUAAAAUUGUUCGAGCCUUGUCUGGUCACACAUCAGCUAUCAAAACUUUAGACUUUCAUCCAUAUGGUAAUUUUGUAGCUUCAGGUUCUAUGGAUACCCUUGUAAAGCUGUGGGAUGUAUCUCGUAAAGGCUGCAUAAACACUUACCGGGGUCAUACUGGUUCUGUUAACAUGAUUCGCUUUUCUCCUGAUGGGAAAUGGAUUGUUUCUGCUGGUGAGGAUGGAAUAAUUAAACUUUGGGAUUUAUCAGCUGGUCGACAGUUGGCUGAAUUAGUCGGCCAUACUGGACCUGUUGUUGCAGUUACAUUUCAUCCUACAGUUCUUCUGCUUGCAACUGCCUCAGCUGAUCAUACUGUCCGUUUGUAUGACUUGGAAAAUUUCACACAAGUUGCCGUCACUGGACCAGAAUUAAACGCCACUAAUGUGAGGCGUAUUGCAUUUCAUCCGGAUGGUGUGUGUUUGUAUGUAGCUACAAAUGAUUAUCUCAGAAUAUAUGAUUACGAGAAUAUGUCUUGCCUAGAAACUGUACACGUUGGUUGGCGUGCUGGUGGCGGUUUGGACGAUAUGGCUGUUGCUCCAAGUUUCAAUCAACUUGUUGGUGUAUGUAUCUCAAAUUCGCUAAUUACUACUUAUGUUGUGGAUGUGAAGUCUUGUAUACCAUUCACUGCAAAUUAUUCAGAUAAUAUUGCCGAGUCAAAUAAAAACGUUUGUGUACAAUCAACUCAGUUGAAUACCACCAGUAUGAAUACAUCAACCAAUUACAGGGAUAAUGACAAUAGUAAUAGUAUUCCUACUAUCCAUCCUGUACAACAGAUAUGUGGUAAUAGUAAUCUUGCCAAUUAUAUGCAAAGUAAUGAACGUCCAUUUACUCGUUGUGGUUCAUCUUCCUCAAAAGCUCUAAGUUCUAUAGGACGUAAAAGUUUCUGCCUUGUCGCUGAAGAAAAUCUUCAAAAUGUUAUGAGUGAGGAUCCUAACGAUCCUGAUGCACAUUUACCUUAUCAACCUACAACUGAGGAUAGUGAAUCGCUCAAUGCAGCUGAUAUAACUGAUCCAGAUGAAUAUGAUAGGAUAUUUAAACCACACCACACAGUUCCACGAAGUCCUUCUCAAGUAAGAGCUAUGACUUCUAGAAGAAACGUUUCAAGUGAAUAUCGAACUGACGCAAUCACAAAGCUAAAUUUCGGUCUCCCUCCUUCAUCACCAAACAUUGUGAAUCCCACACCCCAUGAAGCAAAAUGCGUCCAGUCAAAUAUCUUAUCAGACAGAUUCACGUCGGAUAAACCAUUUACACCUCCGAGUACCACUUCAGCUUGCAUUUCCAGAAGACCUCAUCAAACUACUAUCUCACAAGCUGCCCGAAUAAUUUCAAAUUCUCCACACCCACCGGAAGCGAUUGAAGUGGAAGAUUUUCUACCUCAAUCACUGCCGACUAUGAUGGACUUUGCAUUGAAUCCAGUCCUUCAAAAUAUAAAAAACCCGACACAUGAUAAAUCUGGAAGCCUUCAUGAACCAUCAGAAGCAGAAUUGUUAUUGCGAAUUCGUAAACCUCACGAUCCUUUCGUGAAAGUCAUGUCAUCACGUGUUAAAGGCUUGUCAACUGUUCGUGUGAUGUGGAGUCCAGAUAGUGUGAAAACAGCUGUUGAGUCUGCAUUAAUGAUGAAUGAUACUGCAAUUUUAGUCGAUGUUCUUGGAAUAUUGUCAAAAAACAGCAAAUAUUGGAAUUUGGAUCUAGUCAGCUUUCUAUUACCUCAGUUAGUAGAGUUGAUUCACAGUAAAUAUACCACUCAUGUUGAAACAACUUGUCAAAUAGUUCGUGUAAUAAUCAAAAAUUUUGCCCCGGUGAUUCGCCAAACUAUCGAAGGCCCAACUCCACCUGGAGUAGACUUGAUGCGAGAAGAAAGGCGUCGAAAAUGUCAAGAAUGCUUGUCCCAUUUACUUACAAUACGUUCAGCGUUAGGAACUAAAGAUGUAGCGAAUAAAGCUGGUCAAUGGGGACGUGAAUUAAACGUGAUGUUUCAGCUGCUAGUAUGAUAAUUUACUCAAGGAUGAAUGUUUUCCUGUAUAUUUCUAACUUUUUUUUACUGGGAUGAAUUUUAAAAAAAAAUGAUUAUAAACAUUGUAAUCCGGUACUGCUGCAUUUCGAAGAUGAGAUUUACGCCACACACAAUUCUUGUCUGUUAUAUAUUUGAUAUUGUAUCAUUUUGUUUCUUUGUUUUAUUUUCGCUGUGAAGCCAAUUCGAAUGUUUGUACAUAUUUGGUAACAUCUUCUGAAUGUCGUUAAAGGAAAGUUAUGCUAUAUUCCAUUACAGCUUCUUAUACACAACUUGCUGUGUCAAAAUUAACAUCAGAGAUGUUUUUGAGCUUAAUUUUUAGUCGUUUUUAUUUCUUCCUGUUAUAUAUAGAACUUACAUUUCGCUUGUUAUACUGCCUACAACUUGAGAACUCGACGCUUGAACCCUCCAAGUUGCAAUUCAGAAAACUAGUGAAACUGAAUCUUAUUCUAAAUAGUGUCAAAUAUGAUACAAGACAUUCAAGUAUUGAUAGUUUUUAAUAAAAACAAACUCAUCACUACAGUCAUCCUAUCCCUGUGCAGUGAUUUUUAGCAUUUGUCCGAUUGGGAAGUUGCACAUCAAGAUUCUGUAAUGUUCUUUCACAAAAUAAUUGGAUGGAAUGUCUUCAGCUCUUUCAAAGUUUCCUUGAGUUCAACGGGGUCCGUCCCUACACUUUUCUUCCUGUCUUUAUGCGUUCUGUUCUCCAGAAGAACAUAACCGGUCGUUUAAUAAUAAAUAUCUUUGUGUCGUCAAUACACAGAAAUAUCACCUGCUCAAGUUAGUUGUGUAUAGUGUAUUUCAUGAUAAAG